AUGGAGUUGGCCGACCCAAAGCCCUGGGCCUGUGUGAGCAAUCGGGAGAGCGAGACCUGUGCCAAAGGGAAGCCGGGGAACGAAGCAGCAGAUAUGCAUCGCCACCAAUUCAGGUGCUUCUCCUAUGAGGAUGCUCAGGGGCCCCGGGAGGUCUGCAGCCGGCUCCACCAUCUUUGCCACCAGUGGCUGAAGCCAGAAAGGCACACCAAGAAGGAGCUGCUGAACCUGGUGGUCCUGGAGAAGCUCCUGGCUGUCCUGCCCCUGGAGAUGGAGAGCUGGGUCAGGGAAUGUGGGCCGGAGACCACUUCCAAGGCGGUGGCCCUGGCAGAAGGAUUCCUCUUGAGCCAGGCAGAAGACGAGGACCAACAGAGCCCGCAGAAAGCCGAGCCUGCAGGAAAAGCCCCCGGGGUUACUCGAAGGCGGACCUCCGUCCCCGAACCUGCCGGCAAUGCCGGCUCAGGCUGUGCUGCGGAGGACGCGCUCGCCCCUCUCCGGGCCAGGGCGCAGGAGCGCAGCAAGGCGCCGCGCCAGAGCCUCCCGCCUCCCCCCGGCUGGGUGGGCUGCUGCGCCCUUGCGACCCCCAGCGACCCCCCCUCCAACCCACCCACCCACCCAGCCCAGGUGCGCGCCCGGGCUUGCCAAAGCGGCCGCGCCCCGCCGCCUUUGCUUGGAAGCGGCGUCGAGGCUGGUCCGGGCGCGGAUGCCGAGCAGGGAAAGGAGGGCAGGGCACGGGGAGGGGGUCCGCUCCGAUGCCUGGAGCCCCCCGAGAGAGAGGCGCGCUUCCAAGGAGGGGCCCCAGCAGGUGGUCUUGGGAAGAGGGGAGCGGCUGGCCUUCGCGCUCUGGGAGCAAAGAGGGGACCGAGUCCCAGCACCCCUACCCACCGACCCCUUGCUCGGUAG